AACCAGAUCGCACGAUCGCACGAGCCGAUCCUCAGAGCUUGCCAUGCAAGCGGUGAUCCGAAACUCGGAGAAGCGCCUCAGCGAGCAGCGCAAGUGCAACGAGGAGGCGCGGGCCCGACAGCUGCGGAGCAAUGUGUCCGUGGCCAUGUGCGGCUUGCUGCUGCUGGGCGCGUUUGCGGCCACCAACGUCGUCCUCUUGCAGUCCGUGCUGAAGGAUCCUCUGGGAGGCGAGAGGACGAACCGCUUCAUCGGCCCCCUGCUGCGUGAGAAGUUGAAGAGGCUUGCUCACGAAGGCCGAAACCGACUCACCGGCAGACACGACGAUGACAGGCCGCGCGCUGAGCAGCAGAUGGCCUGGGCUCGAGCCGCUGCCACGGCAGGCUCCAAGAUCUCGGGGCACGUGGUGCAGCAGGUGGCGGAGAAUCUCAAAGGCGCUACGAGCUCACAGGCCCCACAGGCUGACGAGGCCAACGGCAAGCACCUGCGAGGCGGCGAGCCGAAGAGGGCAGACAAGGCAAUCGAGAGGCCAGAUGGGAAGCCUGUGCCAGCGAAGGGAUCUUCGAGUCAGCCCAGUCAAGAGACAGCCGCACCGGAGUCAUCCAAGAAAGCGCCGGAUUCCAGUCAGCCCAGUUCGACAAAAGAGGCGACGGACGUCGCCUCGACAGAUGCGUCCGAGAAACCGGCGUCACCGAUUUGAGGGAGGCCGGGCUUCAGACGACGCUCAUGGACGACGCGGCCGUGCAGCGCACCCGGCGCCCGGCGCCCUGUGCGCCGUGGGCGUUUUGGCGGCUCCCCGCGCGCCGGGCCGCGAGAAAGCGACGCAGCCCGUUUCGGGGUGGCGCAAGACUGGAGAGGAGUUGAGCGCAGGAUGGCGUAGAGUCGGAGAAGAAGUGCGCAGGUUGGGAUAGGGCAGAAGAUGCUGCGCGCCGGUC